AUGUAUGUGUUAAAGCAUUUUGGUAAAUCCAAAAUAACAUGGAGGUGUUCAAAAAGGUCCUCCUUUAAAUGUAUGGGAGAAUUAUACACUAACAUUCAAAAAGAAGACCCUGUAUUGAAGUCCGAUCAUAACCACUUCGGAGAUAGUGAAAAGGUAGAUGUGGAAAAAGCACUAUGCAUUAUGAAACAACAAUCAAAAAGUGGCCUAUCUAAGCCACUAGAAGUAUAUGCAGAAGGAGUUGCUAAGUUGGACGGUAACGUAAGAUCAAAAAUGCCAGUGGAAGAUCAUGUGAAAAGAACUUUGAGAAAUCAACGUUCAAAAUUAAAUCCAAUUGAACCAACUAGUCUUGACAAUUUGAUCAUUGAUGAUGAGUGGUGCACUACAGGUUAUCCUGCGUAUGAAAAUCUUUUAAUUGUUGACAAUGGCGUUGAUUCUGAACAAAGGAUUUUGAUUUUCGGCACUGUAGAAGGUAUUAGCAAUUUAUCUAAAUCCAGUACUUGGUAUUUAGAUGGUAAUUUUUCUCUAGCACCAAAAGUAUUUUUGCAAUUGUAUGUCAUCCGAGUGGUUGUAGAUGGUAUAUUUACAACUGCAAUUUAUUGCCUAUUACAAAGAAAAACAUAUGAGACUUAUAAACUAUUAUUUAAAUCAUUAAUUGAAAAGUGUGCGGAAAAAAAUCUUUACCUAGAUCCAAAAUAUGUCCACUUAGAUUUUGAAAAGGCAGUAAUUAAAGCUGUGCAUAAAAUAUUUAACAGAGAAGUUAAUAUACGUGGGUGCUUCUAUCAUUUAUCUCAAUCAACUCACAGAAAAGUACAAUCUUUAGGCCUAGAACAAUUAUACCGUGAAGACUCUAACUUUAAUAAAUUCUGUGGAAUGUUAGAUGGCUUGGCAUUUUUACCUCUGACAGAUGUUGAGCAGGGAAUGUUAUAUUUGAAAUCUAUUAUGCCUGAUACUGCCCUAGAUUUACUUGAUUAUUUUGAUUCCACAUAUGUAACUGGCACUUUCAAGCGAAUAAAUUGUACGGCAAAUAAUAUAAAAUUUAAAAAAGUUCAACCAAGGUUUCCUCCAAGUGUCUGGAAUGUCCACGAUGCAACAUUGAGCGAUGAACACAGGACAAAUAACUCGACUGAGGGAUGGAAUCAUAAAUUCUCCAAUCUAAUAGGUCAUAACCAUCCAUCUAUAUGGACAUUGAUAAAAAAAAUUAGAUUAGAAGUUGCUGUAGAUGAUACUAAAUUAAGGCAGUAUAAUUUAGGAUGCAUACAACCCAUAAAAAAAAGAAAAAUAACAGUAAAAAAUCAAACAACAUUAAAACGGCUCUGCAUGGAUUACAAUGAAGGAAAAAGGACAAUUGACAAUUUUUUAGAAGCUAUUUCAUAUAACACACGAAUAAAGCACGAUUAA